GCAGACCGCCUCUUCGCUCCGCAAUCAGAUAGUGGCAGCACAACACCUGAGGAUGAAGACAGGGGCGACGCCCAAGAACCUUUAGGCAGCGAUACGGACCAUGAAGGGCAUAUGAGGAGCGGCGCCAACAACAAACUCUCUAAAAAGGAGACGGGUAAAGAAAGUUGUGCUAAAGUCUUUUCUUACAAUAGUGCUUUGAAUCGACUCAUGAGAACACACACAGGCGAAAAACCCUUUGGUUGUUCAGUUUGUGGAGACAAAUUUUCUCUAAAGGGCAAUAUGAUCAAGCACAGGAGAACACACACUGAAGAAAAAACUUUCAGUUGUUCGUUUUGCGGUAAAGGAUUUUUCCACAAGGCCAACAUGCUGUCACACACCAGAACGCACACAGGAGAAAAACCUUUCCUCUGCUCGGUUUGCGGCGACACGUUUGCUCACAAGGCUUCUCUGACGGCGCACACCGUAACGCACACGGGGGAAAAGCUCUUCGCGUGCUCCAUCUGCGGUGAGAGCUUUUCCUACCUCAGCAACUUUAAGUCCCACAUGCGGAAGCACACAGGGGAGCGACCCUACAGCUGCUCAGUUUGCAGCAAGCGGUUCUCGCACAAGGUGAACAUGGUGUCACACAUUAGGACGCACACCGGGGAAAACCCUUUCGCUUGCACGAUUUGCGACGAAAGCUAUUCUUACAAGCGCAGUCUGAAUAAUCACAUGCGGACACACGCUGGAAGAAACCCUUUGGUUGCGCAAUUUGUGCUACGUGUAAAGGAUUAAAUCCAUAUUAAUGUUUCGCUCUUUCUGAUGCUACCACUUUUGACCAGAACUUUCCAAAUACCACUGGAUAUCAUUUAAUGGAUGUCCUUAAAAUGUGAAAGAUGUUUAAAUAUGAAAAAGCUGCAUCGGCGUAAAAGGUAGGCCCACAUUCCGUUAGUAUGGGGUGGUCGGUAACCUGCUUGUAGAGAGCGCCCAUUUGACACACGUCCACAUGGUCAAAACGCUCAGCAUAAAUAAAUAUCCACUUUUUUUCCCCCUCAUCCUUGCGACGCCCCCUAGAGAAUGCAAGCCGGAUCCAUUGCCCACGUAGUCUAUAGCGAGAACCACCACUGAGCGCACAUAUCGAUGAAGUUCUGUAUUCGAUUAUCUUUUUUUGCACAUUUUAUGUUGGCACAUGUUGAAUUCCGCCAAUCCAUUUAUUGUCAUUGUUUUACCACCACUCCUGUAGGUUUACCGUCAUAAGUCACAUUAGAAUGUUUGCGGUUCUCGCAUUCUUUGCAGUAAAAUAUUGUGACCUCUUUGCAGCUCUUCUUACUUUUGUCAAGAGCUGAAUUGAAGUGAAUUAUAUUUAUAUAGUGCUUUUCUCUAGUGACUCAAAGCGCUUUACAUAGUGAAACCCAAUAUCUAAGUUACAUUUAAAGCAGUGUGGGUGGCACUGGGAGCAGGUGGGUAAAGUGUCUCGCCCAAGGAUACAACGGUAGUGACUUGUAUGGCGGAAACGGGAAUCGAACCUGGAACCCUCAAGUUGCUGGCACGGCCACUCUACCAACCGAGCUAUGCCGCCCCUUAGAGCUGCCUUCAUUACCGCUGUAAAAUGGCAGUGAUGGGACAUGGUGGCUGCGGUUUGUUCUUCUUUUAUCGAUGAUAAUAAACAGUCAAUAGCACAGAAAAGAUACAAGGUAUAAUUAAGAAUUAUUUAUAAAAAAAAAGGCAAUUACGAUGAACAAGAAAAAAACAAGUGAGGGCUACAGUGUUUAAAUAAUUUUGUUAGAACUUUUGUAGAUUUAAUAGCGUUUGUAUUGUCUAUUUAAACAGUAAUUUCUUUCCUUUACCAUUUAUAUUUAUGCAUGUAAUAUUUUGCAUGAGUAACACAAAAAAUAGGCUUGCAUAUAUUUGUGUGAAUGCUCCAAAGCAACACUAAAAUUAAUCUAUUUUUUUUAUCCUCCUUCUCCAGUUUUAAGUGUGCUCUACCUUCCUCAUUUUUUUUACCCGAUUCAAACUAAUCCAACUUCAAACUGUCAGCCUAUUCGGGAAUCGCGUGCUUUACCUUGUGGAAUUCUUCCCCGAAUUCCAGGUUUUACAGGACAUUUUUCCCAUUCAAAUGGAAUUGACCAUUUUUCAAACUUUCCCCAUUUCCACAUUUUUUCAACAUGUUCAAACUAUUGCAAAUCAAUCAAUUAAUCAAUCAAUCAAUGUUUAUUAAUAUAGACCUAAAUCACAAGUGUCUCAAAGGGCUGCAUAAGCCACAACGACAUCCUCGGUUCAGAGCCAAUGAAAGGGCAAGGAAAAACUCACAACCCAGUGGGACGUCAAUGUGAAUGACUAUUAGAAACUUUGGAGAGGAGCCCCUUCCCCCCCAGAUGCAAUGGCUGUCGAGUGGGUCUAACAUAUUAUUGUGAAAGUCCUGUCCAUAGUGGAUCCAACAUAAUAGUGAGAGUCCAGUCCAUAGUGGGGCCAGCAGGAGACCAUCCCGAGCGGAGACGGGUUAGCAGCGCAGAGAUGUCCCCAACUGAUGCGCAGGAGAGCGGUCCACCCCCAGGUCCCGACUCGGGACAGCCAGCACUUUAUCCAUGGCUACCGGAUUUGUGGAUUAUUCUCUGCAUUUGACCCAUCACUUUGAUCACCCCCUGGGAGGUGAGGGGAGCAGUGAACACUCUUAAUGUGUGACUCAAACGAGAGAGUUGGGUCAAAGAUAAUACCUUCAACACAUUUAACCAUUCUGUAAAUUCAAACUUCCCUUUUUCAAAGUUAAAAAAAAUUCCAGGAUUUUCCAGAAUCCCUGCUUUUCCAAAGCCCUAUUUCCACCCUUUUUGCUGGCGACUACUCCUCCCACAUUUUUCAACCAACUUUAACCGUUCCACCGUCAAAACAUUCCUCUUAAUUAGGACAGAAAACAAAGUGGUUUUUGAACUGGAAAAAUUCCCGGUUUUCCAGGAAUUCCUUCUUCUUCUUCUGUCGUGUGUCUUAAGACUUGUAGCUCUGUUGAGGUGAGCCAGGUCAACGUGUCAUCGUCCAGGUCAAUCAGACCUUGUUCGCCAUUCGGUGGCCGGUGUUUUGAGGGUUUUCCACUGCUUCCGGCCCGUUCCUGGCCAGAGACGUCUGUGGGUCAUGGAUGUAGAGGUUCAGCCUAGAUGGUUCUGCUAACUUCCACUGUUCUCUCCACCUCCAGGAAUUCCUUAAUACCAUUUCUCAAUUCAACAUGUUAGUGCUUCAAUAGACCGAUUUGAAAAAUUUCAACACCAACCAUUUCAACUCGUUCAGACCAUUCAAGUUGUUGUUUUUUACCAGUUUUACAAACAUUCCCGAAAUUCCCAAAUUUGGGGGAAAUUCCCAUUGAAAUCAAUGGGACAUUCUUCAAAGUUCCACAAUUCCCAUAAUUUUCAUCUGACUCAAACUGUUCCAACAUCAGAAUAUUCAGCCUGUUUGGGAAUUGUGUGCUCUAUUUCAACAAUUCUUAAAAAAAAAAAAAAAAUCCAGGAUUUCAGUUCAACUUCAGCAUUGGAGCAUUCACACGCAACUCCUUCAAGAAUUGCCUCAUCUGGUAUAUAUUGGAAUCAUUCAUCCACCCAUCCAUUUCCUACCGCUUAUCCCAGGAGUGUCCAAAGUGCCAUUUGCAGUCAUUCGCAGCUAUUUGUUUACCGGCCCGCCACACAUUCUGGAAAUGCUAUUGCAAAAAUAAAAAAGAACAUCAAAAAUAUUUGAAUGAGGUGAAAUCUAAUGAGAAAAAGUUGCAAUGUUGACACAAAGCUGCCAUGCAGGAUGUUUUUUCUUUAUUUUACCAUGUAAAAAACAUCUUUACCAUGAAUUGAUUAACCUGAAACCCGACUUAAACAAGUUGAAAAACUAAUUCGGGUGUUACCAUUUAGUGGUCAAUUGUACGGAAUAUGUACUGUACUAAUUACAAGUUUCAAUCAAUCAUCUAUUUAUUUUUUAUUUUUUUGCCAUUGCUAAAAAAAAAAUAAUGACAAAAAAUCCAUAUAAUAAUGAAUUAUUUUCACAGCUCCAAUUAGUUCAAAAAUGUCACAUUAAAAUGUUUUAUGUGGUCAAUAUUGCACAUAUUGUGCAGUUGCCAUAUAAAAACAAAGUUUUCUUUGACAAAAGAGCAUAAAACAAACAAAAUAAUAGUUUAAACGUCAAAUUGACAGAUAUAUCUGAAGUUCAUCUCGUAACAUAAGUGUUGAAAGUAAAAUAAUAAUAAAAAUGUAUCACUUUCUUAGUGGGGCACCCUUUGGAUCCCAAAUAUAUUUAGUGGUAUUUUAUUUAUCUUUUCACUGUGAUUACUCAAAAAUGAUAAAUAAUUCAAAUCAAUGGUGUCCUGCAUUAUUGAUCUUUUAGGACUCUAAUUACUAAAUACUCCAUAUUUCAGUUUUACUCUUAAAAAAACAAAGAUGUUUUCGACAGAAAAGCCCAAAGACUUUUUUUUUUUUUAAGUUGAUAUUGAGAUUUACUGUAAGCGUUAAAUAAAAAAUAAUAAUAAAACCUUGAUUUAUUUUUAACAGUUUAUUAACUGAGACCCUUUAUGGUUUCGGGGACCCCUAAAGGUAAAAUACAUUUUGAAAUUCAUAUAUUUUGUUAUGGUUUGAAAAUGAAAAAUAUCAAAAUGGCCCCCGCAUGCUUUAAUUUUUCCGUGUGCGGCCCUCAGUAGAAAAAGUUUGGACACCCCUGGCUUAUCCCUUUCGGGGUCAAAAAACAAACAGGGUUUUGACAACAACAAAAAAGACAAUAAACAUAAAAAAACACAAUUACUUUAUAUUGACAGAUCGACCUGAAGUUGAAUAAAUAAAUAAAUAAAAACCUGAAGUUCCAUCCAUCCAUUUUAUACUUGUCCCUUUUGGGGUCGCGUGGGGUGCUGGAGCCUAUCUCAGCUGCACUCGGACGGAAGGCGGCGUACACCCUGGAUAACUCCCCACCUCAUCGCAGGGCCAACGCAGAUCAAUUAUGUCUUAUUUGUCCCUGUUUGCGUCUUCAAUAUUUUAAUUUUUUCCCCCUUUUUUAUUUUCAAAUCCUAUAUUUCUAAUAUUCAACAUUUACGUACAGAAACAGUACAAAACAGCGCCAAUGGGGUUUUAAACUCAAUAAAGCAACUAAAGAAGAAUGACCACCUGAAUGUAAUUUAUUUUUUCUAGUUUUGAUUUUUUGUGUGCGUCUUCAAUACCGCCCCAAGAUGGCGUCAAUGUGACGUCGCUGGUGCCGGAAACGAAACCUUCCGUCGUAGAAGAAGAAACGGGCGGAAGUUAGCCAGGGGACGCGGAGUAGAGCGCCUGCUUGACCGACGCAAUAUGUCUUUUCAAGAGUUUGUAAGGGAGCGUUUGAUGGUAGCCGCCAAUGAAAUAUUCGACAUGUUUGAAAGAACAAUUGCGUCGUACCAGGAGGAACUUUCUCGAACAAAGGAGGAGAAUGAGCGACAACGACGACAAUUGGACCCUGUUUUCAAGACUGAAGCUGAGCUACCCAGCAAAGACGUCCAGCAGCUGAUUGGUCAUCAAGAAGAACGUCCCCUUCAGUCACAGGGAAAGGGUUCCACUUUGAAACAGGUGGAUGCACAACCACCCCACCUCAAAGAGGAAGAGGAGGAACACUGGAUAACUCGGGAUGCAGAGUGUCUUCGAGGGCCGGAGAACGCUGAUCUGACAGUUGUCUCCGUGAAGACGGAAGAUGAUGAAGACAAACCACAAGCGCACAACUUUUUACCUCCACUAUCAGAUAAUGAGGCUGAAGAUGGGGUUGAAGACACUUUAAGCAGUAAUACAGACUGUGAAGGUGAUGUGAGGACUCACACUGAUAACAAACACCCCGAAUCCUCGAAUAAGGACACGGGUAAAAAACGUUUCACCUGCUCAGUGUGCAGUGAAAGUUAUUCGUACAAGUGUAAUUUGACUCUACACAUGCGAACGCACACGGGAGAAAAACCUUUUCGGUGCUCGAUUUGCGGUGAAGGAUUCAUUCAGAAGGUGGCUUUGAUUGCACACACGACGACGCACACAGGUGAAAAACCUUACACUUGCUCAAUUUGCGGUAAAAGCUUUUCCUAUAAGAGUAACUUGAACGCACACACUCGGACACACAGUGAAAAACCAUUCGGUUGUUCAGUUUGUGAGAAAAGAUUUGCUCAAAAAGUGAACAUGGAAUCACACAUGAGGACGCACACAGGAGAGAAACCUUUUAGCUGCUCGAUUUGCGGUAAAAAGUUCUCUCACAAGGCAAAUAUGGUAACACAUGUGCGGAUACACACGGGCGAAAAACCUUUCACUUGCUCAGCGUGUGGGGAAGGUUUUGCUCAAAAGGUGGCUUUGGUAGCACACACAAACGCACACACGGGAGAAACACCCUUUGCUUGCUCCGUUUGCGGUAAAACAUUCUUUCAAAAGGCAAACAUGGUGUCCCACAUGAAAACGCACACGGGCGAAAAACCUUUCACAUGCUCGGUGUGCGGCGACAGCUUUGCUCAGAAGAUCACUCUGAUCUCGCAUACCAGAACGCACACGGGGGAAAAACCUUUCAUUUGUUCCUUUUGCGCCAAGGAAUUUUCUCAAAAGUCAAACAUGGUGUCGCAUAUUAGAAUACACACGGGGGAGAAACCUUUCACUUGCUCGGUCUGCGGUGACAGCUUCGCUCAGAAGGUGUCUUUGGUCGUACACGGACGGACCCACACUGGGGAAAAACCCUUCAGUUGUUCGGUUUGCGGCAAAAGAUUUUUUCAGAAGGCAAAUAUGGCGACACACAUGAGAACACACACAGGGGAAACCACUUUCAGUUGCUCAGUAUGUGGGAAAAGUUACUCUCAUAAAUCCACGUUAAUGGUGCAUAUGCAGACACACAGCGGGGAAUAAUAACCUAUUCCCAGUGCUUAUUAUUAAAGGCCUACUGAAAUGACAUUUUUUUAUUCAAACCGGGAUAGCAGGUCCAUUCUAUGUGUCAUACUUGAUCAUUAUGAGAUAUUGCCAUAUUUUUGCUAAAAGGAUUUAGAAGAGAACAUCGACGAUAAAGCUUGCAACUUUUGGUCGCUAAUAAAAAAGCCCCGCCUGUACCGGAAGUCACAGACGAUGACGUCACCUGUGUGAGGGCUCCUCACAUCAUCACAUUGUUUAUAAUGGGAGCAUCCAACAAAAAGAGCUACUCGGACCGAGAAAACGACAAUUCCCCCAUUAAUUUGAGCGAGGAUGAAAGAUUUGUGGCUGAGGAUAUUGAUAGUGACGGACUAGAAAAAAACAGUAAAUAAAGUUUUUUAAAAAAAGGCGAUUGCAUUGUGAGCGAUUCAGAUGUUUUUAGACACAUUUACUAGGAUAAUUCUGGAAGAUCCCUUAUCUGCUUAUUGUUUUAAUAGUGUUUUAGUGAGAUUUUAAAGAUUGUAAAGACAUACCUCGAGGUCGGAUGGCUGCGGUGAACACGCAGUGUCUCAGAGAGAAGCCGAGGAGCCAAGCUCACAGCUGUCUUUUUUGACAUGACAGCUGCUGCAGGACGACGAAUAAUCCGUUGACGUCUCCGGCAAGAUAUAUAUCACAAUUUUCCCAUCCAAAAACAUGCUGGUUGACGUAGAGAAAAAAUGUUCGCUUGACCGCUCCGCUUCACAACAAACAAAGAAACACAGGCUUUGUCUCGGUGCUAAAGACAGCUGCAAUCCACCGCUUUCCACCAACAGCAUUGUUCUUUAUAGUCUCCAUUAUUAAAUGAACAAAUUGAAAAAGAUUCAGCAACACAGUUGUGCAAAAUACUGUGUAAUUAUGCGAUUAAAGCAAACAACUUUUAGCUGUGUGUGGUGCUGGGCUAAUAUUUCCUUACAGUCUGUGACGUCACACGUACGCGUCAUCAUUCCGCAACGUUUUCAACAAGAAACUCGCGUGAAAUUUAAAAUUGCAGUUUAGUAAACUAAAAAGGCCAUAUUGGCAUGUGUUGCAUUGUUAAGAUGUCAUCAUUGAUAUAUAAACUAUCAGACUGCGUCGUCGGUAGUAGUGGGUUUCAGUAGGCCAUUAAAUUUUGCGCGAAGUAUCCCCGUUGAUGACGCGUGCGUUUGAUGUCACUAGUUGUAGCGGACAUUUUUUUCCAGCCCGAUCCAAGCUAUAAGUAGUCUGCUCUGAUCGCAUAAUUUCACAUUAUUCUGGACAUCUGUGUUGCUGAAUCUUUUGCAAUUUGUUCAAUUAAUAGUGGAGACGUCAAAAAAGAAAGACGUAGGUGGGAAGCGGUGUAUUGCAGCUGCCUUUAGCAACACAAACACAGCCGGUGUUUCAUUGCUUACAUUCCCGAAGGUGAAGCUUUAUUAUGGAACAGAGCGGUCAAGCGAACAUGGUUCCCGACCACAUGUCAACCGGCAGGUUUUGGCUAGAAAAUUGUGGUAAUAAAUCGUCUCUUACCGUUGACAUGAGUGGAGCUUGCGUCCUCCUGCAGCUGUGUGGCUUCCCUCAGAGACACUGGCGGUCACCACACCCGUGGCCAAACCCGUCCGACUUUCAGGUACCAUAUAAUCUCCCUAAAACACUGGUAACACAAUAAGCAGAUAAGGGAUUUUCCAAAAUUAUCCUAGUAAAUGUGUCUAAUAACAUCUGAAUCGCUCCCACUGCCCUCGCCUUAUUUUCUUUUUCUUUUUUUUCUUUUUUUUUCUAGUCCUUCACUCUCACUUUCCUCAUCCGUGAAUCUUUCAUCCUCGCUCAAAUUAAUGGGGAAAUUGUCACUUUCUCGGUCCGAAUUGCUCUAGCUGCUGGUGGCCAUGAUUGUAAACAAUGUUCAGAUGUGAGGAGCUCUACAACCAGUGAUGUCACGCGCACAUCGUCUGCUACUUCCGGUACAGGCAAAUCUUUUUUAUUAGCGAACAAAAGUUGCAAACUUUAUCGUCGAUGUUCUCUACUAAAUCCUUUCAGCAAAAAUAUGGCAAUAUCGCGAAAUGAUGAAGUAUGACACAUAGAAUGGACCUGCUUUCCCCGUUUAAAUAAGAAAAUCUCAUUUCAGUAGGCCUUUAACAGCAUGCUCUCCGGUGUAAUGAAGAAUGCACUGAUUCAUAUAUUAGGAAAACAAAACAACCACUAAGCCGACGUAUGGCACAGCAUUGACGAGCAAUCUCUUCAGGCCAAGAUUCAGCUUUCUACCUGCACCUCAGGGAGAAACAGCACUACUUUUGAGAACAAAAAUGUACAGAUUCUGAACAGGGAGGACGGAUUGUACAAAAGAAGAGUGAGAGAAGGCUGAAAAAACAUCCCUGUACAAAGGAGGAGGUCUGCGACACCCCCAGUCUACCAUAUACAACACUGUCUUUUCAACCAUUCCUAAAAGACUCCUAAUUUAGCUUCUAACAAAUAACAGCUGUUAGAAACAUUGAUUGACAGUGGGAUUGCUCGCUUGCAUCAACACAUUUGUUGUUUUUUUAACUACAAUGGGGCAAAACCAUCCUUGCCCAUGCAGGCACACCUUCUUGGUUUUUGGAGCACCAGCCGCAAGAGUAGAUCUGACUAAUCUUAGUCUAUGAGCAUGAACUGUUGAAAUCUACUUGGAUGAGAGGCGAAACAUUAUUAUUAUUAUAAUUAUUAUUAUUCGAUUAGUUUAUUUCAAAGGGGACAAUGCAAUUUCGUAAAACACAUGACUACACAUGGUUUAAAAAAAGCCAGAAUUAGCCAGAAGGCUGGUUUUCAUCUGUAGUCCCCUGUCCAUGAUGUAAAAAGGCAGUAAAAUUAUAAUUUAAAAGAAAAAAACAUCUUCUAAGACAAACCAAACAGUCCAGUUGCGAUCGAUUGAAUGCCCUGAGAUUAGUAACAUAGUGCAGGGUUUCCUGCAGCGCUUUGUUGUUAAGGCGGCUUCUUUAACAACAAAGGGCCACCGCCUAACUAAUGUCUUAAAAA